AUGCACUUCUCCUCGUUCAUCACUCCCAUCGUGGCCCUCCUUGCCACCACUGCCACCGCCAGUCCAAUCGAAAAGCGUGAGGUUUCCUCUGAUACCAUGGUCCAAACCAUCCAGAAGAUCACUCAGCAAUCCAAGAGUCUUACCACUGUUGCCGAGGCUCUCAACCCCAUGAAUGGCGUCCCUCUUCUCGGACCUAGCUCUGGCAGUGGAAGCUCCAGCUUCAACGAUGUCAUCAAUGGGUUCCAGGGCAUCAUUCAAACUGGUACUGAUGCCAUCACCUCCAUGCAAGGCACUCCUUCCUACACCGACACUGCUGCCGAGCAGCAAGUCUGCGAUGCUUUCCACCAGUUUGUCGUUGUCCACCAGAACUUACUCAACGUCGUCAUUGGCAAGUCUGGCCUCUUGCAGAGCAUCUUCCUCGGCCCUGUCGCUGCUGUCCUUCGUUCCCUUGAGGGUGUUGUUGAUACUCUUGCCUACGGCGUCAUUGACUCUGUUCCUUUCUGCGCCGAUAACGCUACUUCUGACAAGGACAACUUGGACGGCACUCUUAGCAAGGCCAUCUGUGCCUACACUCCCGGUGGCUCCCUCGGCGUUGAUCUUUUCUGCUAG